CGCGCGGGGCGAGGUGACUCCUGAGACGCCGUCGGGCGCCCCCUCGUGGCAACCGAGGCUUCGCUGCCCACCACCGUUUACCACUGCGGUCCGCCUGGCUCCGCGCGUGCGCCCAUCAGCCUGCGGCACGGCCCAGCGCCCAGGCGAGGGGCGACGCCUCGAGGUAAAACGGCGGAGGUGCGGAAGGUGGAGGCCCUUCGCCGGCCCAGUAGUGCUGGAGAAACCGAGGCUCUAGGCCGCGCGGGGCGGGAGCGAUGGCGCAGGAGCCGGUGAACUUGGGCUCUGAGCUGGCCCCAGAUUAUGAGGCGGGGGCGACUGCAGAACCUCCGGUGCCCUCGGUUGAAGACGCCGAAGACGCUGAAGACGCCGAAGACGCCGAAGACACCGAAGACGCCGAAGACACACCGGAGGACUACGACAGCGAAUGCGUGUUCUGCCUGAUCUCGAGCGGGCAGGGAACCAGCGCCGAACUCCUGCCUUGUGAGAAUGAAGACCUAGUUUGCUUCAAAGAUAUCAAACCAGCAGCACCUCAUCAUUAUCUUGUAGUGACAAAGAAGCAUAUUAAAAGCUGCAAAGAGCUAAAAAAAGAUCAAGUAGAACUGGUUGAGAACAUGGUAACUGUUGGAAAAGCCAUUCUUGAAAGGAAUAAUUUCACUGACUUCACAGAUGUGAGGAUGGGUUUCCAUUUGCCACCAUUCUGUUCCAUUUCCCACUUGCACCUCCAUGUUCUGGCACCAGUCAGUCAACUUGCCUUCUUAUCCAGAUUGGUUUAUAGAGUCAAUUCUUAUUGGUUUAUUACAGUCAUCAGACGUGUAGGAAGAGAAGCUAUAAGUAAGUGUCUCCCAUUGUAAGCAGGGGAUAUGAUAUAGAAGAACCAUAGUAUUCAGAGUUCAAACUAUGGAGUUAGAUCUGGAUUCAAAUUCUGGCUCCAUUGCUUACUUGAAAGGAACAUGUGAAAGUUACAUUCCUUAAAAGAGUUGAUGAGAUAAUUUAUGUGUAAAGCAAUUAAGGCAUUAUCUUGCAAAUAGGAAGUACUCAAUAAAUGUUACCUGUUGCCUCUAUUAUCAUAUUCAUAAACAUCAUUGUAGAAAUUGAGUGUUUAUAUUUUUUGAUAGUAAGUCUAAACACCUUAGCAAAGGGUUGCAGUAGUGACGUCAACUGCUAGAUCUGAGGAUGAAGCUUUGAGCCUAAAAAAUUGCAGAAUUCUGCUUUGCUGAAGCAAAAGUAGAAUAGAAUUCAGCUGUUUAUAUGCCUGUGGUCUGAAAGUUAAGCCAUAGUUAUUAAGUGACUCUGGCCCCUCUAGGGCCACUUGACCAGUAAUUUAUUAGGCUGUUACUUUAUGUGUCCAUGACACCUAUAGGUAAGGUGACCUAUAGUUGCUGUAGGUGAAUAAUCACUAGAUAGUAUUUAUUUACCAUUAGUAAAUGAAUUACAUUACUCUCGUCAUAGUACAGAACAAUUGAAAAAGUAUCUGAUUUCUAGAAACUUCAUAUUUCAAACAUAUCAUCCCUUUCUUCAACUUGUUCAGAGGAUUUCAUUUAAAUAACAUAUAUUAUAUGAAUAUGUGUGUAUAUAUGUUUGUAUGUAUUUGAAAUUUAAAAAGUGGGACAUUCUGUAGGAUAGCUGGUUUGGUUUCUUUAAAAAGUCAGUGUAAUGGAAAAGGGAUUUUAAAUUUUUAAAGAAAUUCAGAGUAUUA